UUCAGGGAUUAUGAACUAUCAAACGGGUCCUUACAACCUUAUCCCCGACAAGCGCCAGUUCCCUGAACAUUCAUUUACACUUCCACUAAACUUUUUAGUCCAUCAAACACCAAAUUCCGAUUUUUCAAAAUGCAAAUGCCAACACCAAUUCGAGCACCUACAUGGGUGUCAAGACGAAGACACUUCGAGCAGAAAUUAUGGGACUUAGACAAAUGCAAAGACAUUAACCAACUCAAACAAAUGCAGACAUUAGUAUACAAAUCCCAUCUUCAACAAGACCCUUUUAUUGCUCCUAAGUUAAUCUCUGCUUUCUCUAAUUGUAGACAAAUCGGUUCUGCGUUAAAGGUUUUUGAACAAGCGGGGGAGUCUAAUUCCAAUGUGCGCUUGUAUAAUGCUUUGAUAAGAGCUUAUGUUUGUAAUUUUCAGGCAUUGAAGGGUUUUGAGACUUUCUUGAAUAUGCAGUGUGCUGGUAUUUUUCCUGAUAAUUUUACGUUUUCGUUUCUGUUAAAGGGUUGUUCGGGGAAGUGUUGGUUGAGUUUAGUGAGUAUGAUUCAUACACAUGUUGUGAAAUGGGGUUUUGUGGAUGAUAUUUAUGUGCCUAAUUCGUUGAUUGAUGCGUAUUCCAAGUGUGGGGUGGUGGGUGUUCGAGCUGCAGGGAAGUUGUUUCGGGGGAUGAAGGAGAGGGAUGUUGUUUCUUGGAAUUCCAUGGUUGGUGCUUUGCUGAAAGCGGGGGAUUUGAGUGAAGCGCGGAAGGUGUUUGAUGAAAUGCCCGAAAGAGAUAGGGUUAGUUGGAAUACUAUGUUAGAUGGAUAUACAAAGGCGGAGCAAAUGAGUGUGGCGUUUGAAUUGUUUAAGAAUAUGCCACAGAGGGAUGUCGUCUCUUGGUCCACUAUGGUUUCGGGUUAUUGCAAAGCGGGGGAUUUGGAGAUGGCGCGGAUGUUGUUUGAUAAAAUGCCUUCCAAGAAUUUGAUCUCUUGGACGAUAAUGAUUUCAGGAUAUGCUGAAAAGGGUCUUGUAAAUGAGGCAAUUGAGUUGUACGUGCAAAUGGAGGAGACGGGUUUGAGGCUUGAUGUUGCAGCUUUUGUUAGCAUUCUAGCUGCCUGUGCUGAAUCGGGUAUGCUUAGUUUGGGUGUGAGAGUGCAUGAUACCGUCGAGAGGAGUAUGUACAAGUGUAAUACUUUGGUCUGUAAUGCGUUGAUUGAUAUGUACGCCAAGUGUGGAAGUUUGCAUAAGGCUUAUAAAGUCUUUAACGGGCUGAAAAAAAGAGACUUGGUAUCUUGGAAUGCUAUGAUACAUGGGUUGGCUAUGCAUGGACGUGGAAAGAAGGCACUUGAGCUUUUCGUUAAGAUGAAACAAGAAGGCUUUGUGCCUGAUAAGGUGACGUUAGUUGGUAUUUUGUGUGCGUGCAAUCAUACUGGUUUGGUGGACGAGGGAAUAAUUUAUUUCUACUCCAUGGAGAAAGAUUAUGGGGUAAUACCUGAAGUAGAACAUUAUGGUUGUCUUAUUGAUCUUUUAGGCCGUGGUGGCUAUGUUAGAGAAGCUUUUGAACUUGCACGAAAGAUGCCACUUGAACCUAACGUUAAAAUUUGGGGUUCUCUUUUAGGGGCUUGCAGGAUGCAUAAAGCCAUUGAACUUGCAGAUGACGUGCGUGACCUCCUAGUCAAGUUAGAACCUAAAAAUGCUGGAAAACUUUCCGCAUUGUCAAAUAUUUAUGCUUCAGCAGGAGACUGGGAUAAUGUCGCCAACAUAAGGUUGAUGAUGAAGAGCAUUGGCAGGCCAAAGCAAUCUGGUGCUAGCUUGUUACAAUUGAAUGAUGAAUACCAUGAAUUCACGGUGAUGGAUAAAUCUCACGUCAAAUCAGACAAAAUUUAUCAGAUGGUAGACGGAUUAGGUCAGCAUCUUAAAUUGCUUUCUCCUGUUCCAGCAGGUCACUGCGAUGAAUGAUGAGUUUCAUGAACUGAGAUGGAUCAUCUUACAUCGGACCAGUUAUUAUAGAUUUGUGCAGUAGAUCAACACUUCCUUGUAAAUAGUUUUCCCAGAUAAGAUAACUAUUAUGUAAUGACACAAAGCUGCAAUGACGAGUAUGAUUCCUGCUAUCAAUCUCUCUCGAAGCAGCAAUGAUUGUGAAAUUUGCCGUAUGUCCUUCUCUCCUACCACAUUGUCCUGGCCAAAUCAAGAUAAUACUAAAGAACACUUUUCGUGGUCAAAUGUUUGUGCAUAUACAUUACUCUCUGAAACAUACGUUUUUAGCGAAUGAUGAGUUGAAAACAAGCACUGUUAUGUAGUCUGUUUUUGAUCCAAUUUGUAUCAUAUAAAGCACUAGGUGGGAAUACACUGGGUAUGAUGUUGUUGUAUCAUAUAAAGAAGCUUUUGAACUUUA